AGAGACAGAGAGAGAGAGAGAGGGAGAGUGUGUUGUCCGGCCCUGGAGGAGAAGGAGCUCCUCCUCCUCUUCAUGUCCUUGUUUGGUUCACGCUGGAAGUCAUUUUGGGAUCGGCUCUCCUCCGGUAUUAGUUCAGAAGAAGAACCGUUUUCUCGGUCGGACGUAGAAAGACGUCUCAGGCAGACCUGACCAGGUAAACAUUCAGCCGAGUAACAUGUCCUCUCCGGGUGUGGUUGAACCCAGGGCACACCGUCUCUCCGCCUGGUUUGACCAUGAAGCUGCUGCGGUGCUGACCAUCCUGAUGGGGCUGUUCCAGGUGUUUCUGUCUGUCCCACUGGCCUACGCUCACAUGACUCUGCCUAAACUCUUCAUACUGCCACUGGUCUUAGGAGUUAUAAUUGUGAUAGGAGGAUCAUUCACCAUUGCCAAUGAGAGGAACUCCAGCAGACUAAAGCUUCGAGGUUGUGCGUGCAGUAACGUGGUUGGCCUGCUGGGGGCGCUGCUGGCCUUCUGCCUCUACUGCUACUUCCUCAACACUGUUUCCAACACCGAGACGUGCGAGCCCAGUUCUCAUCAAUACGACUACAGACCCUAUUCCUAUCAGUGUCCUGGAGAACUCCUGGCGGCCUACUGCUGGAGUCUGGUCCUGCUGCUGCUGCUCUAUGACAUCGGGGCCGUAGUCCUGCAUGGCGUCCUGACGGUCUCCGCCCUCAAAGACCUCAAAACAGACUGAGACCCCGACAGGAGACCCCCACAGGAGACCCACACAGACAUGAUGAAGUACUUUUGUAUCAGCGUUCUGUAAACCACAUCACACAACAAAGCAGCUUUAGUGAAAACCCUGAGAGGAGUUUCAACUGAAACUCUAGGCCUGUUACCAUGGUAACCGACUCUGUGAACCUCACCUGUGUAACAGGUUCUCUUUUACAAACCCUGAGUCUCUCUCUGUCUCCUCCCUCUGUUACUUCCCCAUUCAUUCAUUUAACGUCUUUUUAAAUGUGUAAGCUGUUGGAUAUGAUUUGAUCCUGAGGAAAAUCUAAAGUUCAUCGUUUUCUUGCCCUCACAUUCAAACAUUACAGAGCUAAGUCAGCCUCAGAACAAAACCUCUGCAUGUCCUUUUCUUUUAUAAAUAAAUAACGUUGUGAUGUCAACGAUGGAACAUAAUUCCUCUAAUACUGGAGAUUAUAUGUACAUAUUUCUAGAGGAGCAGGAUGGUGGUGAGGUUGUAUAAAUAUGCAUUUCAGUGACUGUGUUUAACAGCAUUACAUUUAUUAAAGCAGCUUCAAUAAAGCCACUGAAUGCUGCUGAGUCAAGAACAAAAAAGGUUUCUAACAUUUAAAAUCCACUGUAUUUUAACCUUUAAAUCAGUCAGAACAGUAUUACAGGAUCAGAUUAUGAACUUCAUCUCAUGUCUCAUAACUUUAUGGAUCUAUAUGUUUUUAAAUAAACUCUCAUUUUCCUCUUUG